GACCGCCACCCUUCGCGACCGUCGGUUCGUCGCCGUUCUCCAUCUCGCCGGAGUGUGAAGGAGGGGAGUCCACCUGUGUCGGAGUGUUUAUCCACUGCCACAUCGCGCACGAGCCUCAGCUCCGAGAUACGGCCCGAUAUACGAGAGCGAGAUUUCGAGGUGCGCGUGUCUCUCUCGAUAGAGAGUGAGAAGUCGCGAAAUCGCAAGGAGGGUGGACCAAGAGAGGGUGCGUGUCUCACGCGAGUAACGGUGCAUUCGCGGAUCGCCCUUUCCCCGUUUCUCUUCCGCUACGAGUGAGAGUUACUAUGCGUCAUUAUCGAAUUUGAGGAGUCUUCCACGUCGUCUGUCAAGAAACGCUCUACUCCAGAGGCAAGAAUUCAAGCAUCGCGAUUAGCCAACCAAUACAAUGAACGGACCAGUUUAUGCGUCAUCUUGUCCCGCAUUGCAGUCGAAUCUGUCGCUACACAGCUCAUCCUAUUACAGCGAAUAUAGCGGCACCACGCGAAGACGGCUAUCCUCCACGGGCGAGGCGGAUACUUCCGCAACGUCGAGUUACGAGGGUAGCGACAGCUCCGAGAACAGCGACGAGUCUCGUCUCGAUCCAGUUAGCCAGAUGGAACGCGAGCAGCUCGAGACUUUCUUUCGCGGAUUAAAAUCGCAGGUAUUCGUCUGUGAAUCACUGGCGAACCUGUAUCUCGGUAGCGCUUCUCAGACAGAGAGGUGGGAGCUCCGUUUCACUGGAAUUCCCGUGGUGGUUCUCGAUCUUGGGGAGACACGAUCAAGAUCCAAGAGACGGAUCCAAAUCUUACUGGCAGAACGCGGUACAUGCUUCACCCUCUGGCGCGAAACUAUCGACAACCUCUCAUCGUACAAGGUGUCCGGGCCAGCCUUCCACACGAUGUGUCUCUCGUCGGAUCACACUCGCCUGGCUGGGCUCAGUUUCGACAACUCGAAGGCGGCGAACGAUCUGUGGCAGCACAUAGAGCGCCUCGUGUCCUGCCCGGAGAACAUCAGCCUAUCGGCGCCUGGUAAGAAGAAGAAGAAGCCAGUGCAGAAGAAGGUGGUGCUGCCGGCCAAGAGCAACAUCAGUCAGCCGUGUCAGUUCCAACACGUGACCAGCGUGGACGCGGCCGAUCGUUCGCGCUACUUCUCGCUGCAGACGCUCGUGCCGGCGCUGAACGAGCUGGAGAGCUCGCUGGAGGCGAACUUCUGAGACAGGCCCGACGCCUCUAAGCUCUCAUAGGGUCGACGCAGCAAGACGCCCGAUCCCCGCCUUCUUCUUCCCCGGAAGUAAUCCCCCCACCGAGGGAAGAGGGAUCCGGUUAAUGUCGCGUGCGAGAGAACAGAAGUCCUACGAGUACUCGCGCACACGGGCGUCUCGGAUCGCGAAUAGCGUUGAGAGCUGCCGAAGGGAGGCGAACACGCCGGAAGUCGACACUGCGCGGAUUCUAUUGGAAAAUCCUUUUAUCUUCUUGCUCUUCCUCCGAAAGUAGUCGUAGAAGAUCUAAGACGGGGAGGAGAUAUAUCGACGAAGCUUUAACGACGACGAAAAGAGAGAAGGCGGAUACAUUUCUCGAAAAGUCCUCGCGGACUCCUGUAGUUUUACUCGGAUUCAUCUUUAUCUCAUGUCUCUUCCGGUAUAAUCAGCCAACUAGUUAGUAAGAGAGUUAACGAAGUUAAGUAAGAACGCGCUGAAUUUCGAUUCUCGCGUUAUCCUCGUUCUCGCGCAUCGACCGCGGAUCAGCGUUCCGAAAAGCGAGGAACCGAGAAGCUCGAACUUCGAAGGGCCUCGGAGAGACAAAGAAAAGCGCGAGAGCAAUCACUGGAGGAAGGAGAUUCGCGUCUUCCUCGAGAUAGACUAAUCCGUUAGUGUCACGCGCGCGACCUACGGAGAUUGUCCGCGGACCAAGGCGGAACAUUCAUCAAUCCUUCUAAGGACACUCGAAAGUGACCGCGAUUGAUGCCCGCGACUGCGAAUCCUGACUGCACAGCUCCGGGCGAAACAGAAAGUAUCCCCGGGGCUUUCCGGUGAGACUCUCCGAGAGUCUCGCGUCACGCGCCGUUCCACUCUCUUUCUCUUCGAAGAGUCCUUCGAGUUCUAACUAUCGAUAUCGUGAGAUUUAUUAUAGACGCAAAGAAAGUCUCUAUCGAACGUUAUACGGCGAUAAAUUAUCUAUUCGUGAUAAACGUUCUCGCGUUCCGGGGGAACGCUUUUGAUAGAUUAUUUCAUUGUCAUUAAUGCACCGCGCAUAUCUGGUGUUGAACUUUUAAUUUCUAGAUGAAGUAGGGAAAAGAAAUUAAUCAAAAGAAAAAUUGAAGAUGACGAUAUAUAAAUGAUAGAAAUAAAGAUUCAUUUUAAUCACGUACAUAUAAUACAUUUACAGUCUCUUUAAUUCGUGUAAAGUAGAGAAAUUUUUGUUUUAUUUUUUUAUUUCGCGCGCGUACACGACGAUUCCACAUGUACCUAUUUUUAAAGGAUCUUUAGAGAAAAAUCAGGACGGCCGUCCGUCUUGUCGCACUUUGCAAUUCGAAUGCGGCGAUGUGUAAUGUGAGGGGAAGAACAAGCGCUUUCGUAAUGGAAUGUCAAAGACGCGAAACCUUGACACGAAAACCAAACAGCGGGGCAUGCGAUUAGAAAGAAUCAUGCAAAUAUAUGCAAAAUGUACUUCCGGGAGGCAUCAUAUCGAUUGUAUACACGAUGUUGUUUGCUAUUCACCGCGGAAAGAAAGCUUUCUCCCCGACGGAGGAAUUCAUACGGAGGUUGUUCCGUACAGUUUGUAAUUAAAGGCGUCGCGCUGCCGCGGUGAAAACGGCGUCAAAGAGGCUUUUAAAGUGCACGAUGUGAAUAAUUGCGUCGUUACGAAAUUAAGUUUAAUGCUUUCCCCGACUGCAUUCACCGUAAAAUGCCAAUAACUUCAGAAGGGAAGACUUAAAGAAUGGAAUGGCAAUUAUCUUCACAAUUAAAGGAGAAAAAAUCUAUUUACUUUACUGUUAAUCAAAAGGCAAGACCGGUCGCAGAUUCAACGUAUUGUAGCAGCAACGUGACUUUAGAUCAGCGAAGAGUUGGGGCGUUUCGAAAUAUUAUGGCAUAGUAAUUAAAAUAACGUUAGACAAGACGUCAGAAAAGAAACUGAAGAAGAAGAGCCAGUUCUUCAUAACGUAGAAUGUUAACGUAAAAAUCAUUGACGUUUAUAUGUUGUGGAUUCGUUAUAAUUAAGUACGUAAGAUUGAUGCGCGAUUUCGGUAAGCGACAUAGGAGUCGAUAAGUCAAAGAACGAAAUACUGCCGAACACACAAUUGAAAUGCAAACGCCACUAAACUAAUUAAGGCUUACGAGCGACGAGCACUGGAAACGAACAUUGUGCCAAAACGUAACUGAAAUAAUAAGAGGUCUUAAUUAAUUGAUAUAUUCGAAGAAUCGAGUAUCAUGCGCUUCCGCUUGAUACGAUGACUUGACGAAAAGCCAGUCCACAUAAUUAAGACUAUUACAACAAUCUAACCAACGUGUUUCCCAGUAGGCUCGUAACGUUCGCGUAUAUAACACAUUACGAUGUUCAUUAGAUAACUAAUUACGUAGAAUUAGUCGGAUUGACGUGUCCAUUUAUAGCAAAUCCUACUUCCUACCCCACGAGUCGUUAAUGUGUCCGUAGAUUUCGGUAGAAAUUUUCGAUCUUGUUGUCGACAACGUGUACGCUCGAUAAAACUGUUAAACUACGAACAUCUACACAAUCAUCAAUUCUUAUCCAAGUGAAAUAAUAUUAAAGAACUGAUUUUUAAGUAGACAUUCUUGGGUCAAACUGGGACGUUCCAUAUUGCAGUAAAAAUAUUAUUCUUGCAAGGAUAAUUUAAUUUCAUAUUUCGAGCAUACAGCUCUCCAUAAAUAUGUCUAUCUAUAUGCAUUAUAUUCUUUUAAUGCAUUCGUUUAUAUCUUUAUAAUUACACAAUUUGCAUUGAAGUCUCCUUUCAAUCUUUCUUUCGUAUUAUUUCACUUAGACGUACUUGGUCCAUAACUAAACAUGAAGAUGAGUAUUCUUCCCGAGAAAGAGUCGCGCGCGCGAAAGAAUGUCGUUUUUAACGACGUUUGCAAGAAGACUGGUUUCACCAUCCCGCGAAUGUAGGCACACAGGUUAACAAUAGGCACCUAUGUAGUAGUAACGGUCAUUAAAACGACUUGAUUUUAGCCUUUAGGAUCAUCUAACGUCGCGAACGUCCCUUCAGCGUCCCAUCCUCGUUUAUAUCGCUUUCCGAAACUUCCGUUUCGCUGGGCGAAGAAACGCGCACGCGUGUUUCGCUUUAUAAUCCAUUGCGAAUCAAACUUUUAGCGAUUAAGAUUAAUUAGCGUGAAUUAGUAAAUAUCUAAGUUAGGCUCGCCCGGAGGAAUCUUUUAUCGUAUUAUAUUAGCCGAGACGUAUGUACGUAUGCUUUCCGCAGGAUUUAUACGCAUAUGUUUGGUCACGUGAGUCGUAAGUUUUCUUUCGAGAGAAAAUCUGGGCGAUUAUUCUAUAGACAUUUUAAAUAGAUACCGUAACUACGAAUUAAUACUAAUUUCAUUAUCUACGACUGUGAUAUAAAUAUAUGUAUUUGUAUCGUUACGUUUCGUAACAAGUAUCCGCAUUAAUUAAUCACUUGGAGACAUAAGUUUAUGAAUAUUCUAUGUAAUGAUAAUUAUUGUGCUAAUAAAUAGUAUUCAUGAAACAAAGUA